UCCGGAGGCGGAAGCGUCCCCGUCACCAGGCGGCUGCCGAGCUGGCUUUGAAGCUGACCUGGGCUGAGCGGGCCGGCGGCCCCGGGCGGCGCCAUGAAGCUGUACAGCCUCAGCGUCCUGUACAAAAGCGAGCCUAAGGUGGUGUUGCUCAAAGCCGCGUACGAUGUGUCCUCGUUCAGCUUCUUCCAGAGGUCCAGUGUUCAGGAAUUCAUGACCUUCACAAGUCAACUGAUUGUGGAGCGCUCGGCGAAAGGCAGCAGAGCUUCCGUCAAAGAGCAAGAGUAUCUGUGUCAUGUCUAUGUCCGAAACGAUGGCCUGGCGGGUGUGGUCAUUGCCGACAGCGAAUACCCAUCCCGGGUGGCCUUUUCCUUGCUGGAGAAGGUACUAGAUGAGUUCUCCAAGCAGGUCGACAGGAUAGAGUGGCCCGUGGGAUCCCCAGCCACCAUCCAGUACAUGGCCCUGGAGGGUCACCUCAGUAGAUACCAGAACCCCCGAGAAGCUGACCCCAUGAGUAAAGUGCAAGCUGAGCUAGAUGAGACAAAGAUCAUUCUGCACAACACCAUGGAGUCUUUGUUGGAGCGAGGCGAAAAGCUCGACGACUUAGUGUCCAAAUCGGAAGUCCUGGGAACACAGUCCAAAGCCUUCUAUAAAACUGCUCGGAAACAAAACUCCUGCUGUGCAGUCAUGUGACGCAGCCCCCGGGGGCGGCCACCAACCAUCACUGCUCACUGGGGUCAGGACUGCAGCCGCUGGAGAAGAGGAGCCCCCCAGGGGCCGGCGCACUGUUCGUUUUUAUUCUAAGUUCCCAGGAGGAACUGAGGGAUGGUGGAAGGGUGGGGAACGUCCAAGUUCAUAUGUCUGUUGUGACUUUUGCAAAGAAUUGGAGCCCCCAAAGGUGUAUUUUUAGGAAAAUGAAAUUAUAAACUCUGAGCGGCUCCUGUA